UUGUGCAAGGGCCACAAUCCACUGGCCACAAACACUCCAAAUGGGUUCUUGGCUGAAAGCAUCUAGUGUGCGAGCACUACGAGCUGAAGGAUGCGAUUCCAAGAGUGCGAUGACGAGCUUCUUGCUUGUGUGUAUGUGAACGAUACGAUGAGACAGCGUGAGCGAGCGUGAAAAAGGGUGAUGUGUGUGGGAAAGCAUCCGGACAACAUCGCACCGCUGUAAUGGUGUAAGAUGUUCACUUUCUCACGGGAAAAAACUGUUUGCUCCAACAACCACCCGCUCCCGGCACGCGGCUCGGCUUCUUUGUGGCAAAAAAGGUGGAAAACCAUUGGCGCUCUUUUACGGCUCGCGAGAGCGUGCGAGAGAGUUAACCAACAAAACAAAAAAAAAACACGAGAAAAACCACCUGAACGCCUGCAAAGUGGUAGCGAGGACUUUGCGAGCGAGAUUCAGUGAAGGGAGUUUUCCACGAAAAAUUCUCUCACCGCCAGCCAGGGCAUAGCGCCGAUCGGAGUUAGUAUAGUGCCAGCAGACUAGUAAGUAGUGUCAGUGGUUAGCAGUUAAAAAUAAUUGCACCCUUUUUCUGAUGGGCCCACCAUCCAAACGCGCGCGUCGGUACGAGCCCAGUUCAAGCAUAAGGCCUGUUAGAACAUAGAACAUAGUGCAAUACUUCAUUACACUCAGUGGCUUAUCGGCGGAGCGUUCAAGUGUGUGAUCGUGCAGUUAUCCUUAAUCGGUGACCUGAUGUAGAGUCCGUGACCGUGGUGCUAAAGCAGCGACAUUUUGUGAUUUAACAGCGUACAUCGAUCUUGGCCAUCAGCGGGGACGACCACAAUCCGCCCCAUCCGUACAGACCCGCCACACGCAAGGAGUUUUCGCGUUCCGUUAUGUUCGUGGUUCCGGUAUAACGUCAAUCCGAGUGUGACAUCGAUUAACUUCGCUCAUCCACGAGCUUACGAUGGCAGUGUAGCAGACUACCUAGCAACGUACGUAAUGGAAGAAGUGUAGGUUCCGAACCCACCUCACACCUCUCAACAUCGACAUCGACGCCUGGAUGGUUGGCAGCCCGGCAGUAUCGCUAGAGCUAGGACCAUCGCUAGAGCGGUCGAACGUGCAAGCAACAGGAAGGAUUGCCGCGACCAGCGGGCAGUAAUAACCGUGUAGCACCGAGAGCUGCUUUGCACCGCGUAUUAUGCGUCAACGGUAACGACAAGUGCGCAAGUGAGAACUCGCCGAAGGAGGAGCAGCUGUAAAGGAUCAAGCCGGCAAGAAGAAGCAUCGAAUCGAAAAGCGAGCAUCAAAAACGGGGGUUAACUAUUUUCUCAACGCACCAAAAGGAGCUAAGCAAUCACAACAUACCAAAACAAACACCGAUUGGUCAAAACGCAACAACGACGAUAACUGAACGCAAGAAGGAAAGCCUGUUUUUUGUACCGCUUUAUUUUCUACUAACGACCGAAACGAAAGCAGUAGCAAUAGUAGAAGCCGUGUGUGUGUGUGGGUAUUUGCUCACAUAUGCUAACAUAAACGGUCCUAACAACGACGGGGUAACGACCAGUGGCGGAUAUACUAGCCGGACUCGGGAGUGUAAGCGUCACGGAACCGGAUCGAAUUUUUAUGAGUGAAAAUUCGUUUGUACCAAAACAGAAAGCAUUCCUGGUGUGGUUCGUGUGGGCGAUGGCGCUUGUGGUACGAAGGGCGACCGGUGUCAGCCCUGUCUCGCUAACGAUACGCUCAUAAGCUGAAGUUGUUUGACACGCAAAACAACUUCCAUCGCUUCUUCAAGAUUGGAAUGUCCUGCAGCGUAGACGGACUGCCGGCGGGGUGUAGACUCCGGGGCAUGGGCUCUACCGUUCAGAGUGGUCCACUUAAUUCGUCUUUGAGUGGAGCGCAAGAAUCAAGCAACAAUGUCGUGCCGCUACAGCGAGCGCCAUCGCAGAAACCGUGCUGUUUCUGCUGGUGCUGCUGCUGUUCCUGCUCCUGGGCUAAGUGUUUGGCUAUAAAAAAUGCAGAAGACAAUGGGCCUACGAAAAAAGACCAAGCUAGUUCCGAUACCCUAUUCGAUGGUGAACAACCAACGCUAGAGGAGAUACGCAGCUGGGGCAAAAGCUUCGACAAACUAAUGCGAAGCCCCAGCGGGCGAAAAGCGUUCCGGGAGUUUCUGCGCUGCGAGUACAGCGAGGAAAACAUACUCUUCUGGCUGGCCUGCGAAGAGCUGAAAAAGGAGACGAACCCGGAAGCGAUAGAGGAGAAAGCUAGGUUUAUUUAUGAAGACUAUAUCUCGAUUUUAUCGCCGAAAGAGGUAUCGUUAGAUUCGCGUGUAAGAGAAAUAGUUAAUAGAAAUAUGGUGGAACCAACGCCGCACACGUUCGACGAAGCUCAACUACAAAUUUAUACACUUAUGCAUAGAGAUUCGUAUCCGAGAUUUAUAAAUUCUCCACAAUUUAAAACGCUGGCCCAAAUUCCAGAAGGAGUGUCGGCGUCCGGUUCGACGGCAGAAAGUCCCAGCAAUUAGAGAACGAGAGAGAGAGAGAGCUUAUUUGUUUUGCUUCCUCCUAUCCCAGCUAAGUGUGAACAAAUUUCAUCCAUCACGAUGCUAUUCAUUUCUGUAAAUCCCGCUGGUCACAUUCACCUGUUGCUGUCCACAUUUCCUGCGGAUCGAGGAGUCCCAAGCGGCAGCGAUUGUUGGUCAUAUUAAUUGCUUUCUGCCUUUCCCCGAUUUUCCCACCAACCGGUAUAAGGGCACCACAGAACAAACCGAUGAUAUUUAUUUGUAACAAACAGCUUAAAAAACACAAAGCGUGCGGCUCGCCGCAAUCGAAUGGUACGGUCAAAACGGUCAGAGCCCGUCGUUAUCUGUAACCCCCGAAGUAAGGAAUGAAACACCUGUAAGCAUUAAGCAAAUUCGAAAAAAAGGGGUUUGGUAGGAAACCCUUUUCGAUAAGGGCAAAAAGGACGCAAAAGCAAUCCGCACGGUGUAGUGGCGAGACGCGAUGACAUUAGCCGUUCCCGGAGCUGAACGGAAAAUGUUUUGUGGUCGUCACAAGAACCACAGAACGUAGGAAGAAAAUCAUGAAGAGGAAGGAAGAUUUUUUUACGUAAAUACUUAGAUCGUAUUAUUAUAACGCACAAAAUCACACACACGUACACAAAUGAGGAAAAGUGAAAGAAAGAGAGAGAGAGAGCGAGAGAGAAGGGAAAGAAAAUGGUUUGAUUUUUCUUAUUCUAUUCCACGUUGGAAUGAUGAUGGUAAAGGUAAAGUCGCGCAAAUGGUAAUGAAGUAUCAAACAAUCAGUUAUCGAAAGAUGCACAAACCAGAAGAACAAAUCAGGAGAAAGUAAAACAUAUUUUAACCGUCACCCAAUAUGACAGUUGAACCACUAGAAUUGUUUGUUAUCUCAUUAAACACAAUUUAAAUUUAAAAAGAAAGAGAGAGUGUCCUUCUCUCUUUUCACCUGUUAUCAGUUUGAACGUGGGAAAAGUCUGUAAAAUAUUUUUUCUACUUCUCAUCUGUAUUUUUGAUUGUUUCUUUAAAAUGGAAAUGUAAAAAGAAAUGCUAAACUAGGGAAGGAAAGAAGGAAAGGAAAGUCACACCGACACACAGAAAACAAAACCGCCUAAUCACAACGACACAUGAUGGUUAUUAUGUUUGCGUACGCUUAACGUAGUAUGAAUUGUGUUUUUUACAUUUUACUUCUAGUCACACGAAUUUAUAUGCUCCUGUUACAGUGAGAGAAAGAGAAGAGAGAUCGAGAGAAGGAGAGCGAGAGAGAGAGAGAGAAGGAGGGAACAGAACAAAGUUUAUUUAUUCCUAUUCGCUUGUUGAUGCCCGUAUAGUCGAUGCCGAUAGUUUAUUCUGGUCGUUAAAGCUGUUUAUUGUAUUUUAGUAUUACGUGUGCAAAUAUGCACCCACACACACACACACAUACACGCACACAUACACUUUCGAUCAGUUUUAUUUACAUUUUACUACGAAAUGUAGCGAGUAAUAUCGUUUUAGUAUCCCCACAUUUCGGUGGUAGGGGAUGCGGUUUCCGGUAAUUCUAGUAUUUUAGUCACAGGUAGAUCGAGGGCCUAGUAAAAAGAAUGGUGGAAUCAGUUUUAACGGGGUUAAUGUUUUUUUUUUUUCUCUGGUGCACAUAACACACGCGCGCACACACUGUUAAAAGAGUGGCUUCAGUGGAGAAAGCCGAAAAAGCGCGAGGAAAGCGAAACACGAACCAAACAAGCGAGCUAAUUGGAUGGAAAAAAAUAGCAAACGGGAAGUAGUUAAACACUUCUCAGAGAAAACAUUUAAAUAAGGUAAGCAAAAAUCGAUCAAACGUACCCUGUGUGAUGAGCAAAUUUCAUUUCAGAAGUCCUCUAAUCCUAAUCCUAAAUUUAAGUCAAAACGGUCAGUUGUUAUCAUACCAAUACCGGGGGGCUUUGAUAGUGAACAGGAAGUCACACCAAAACACACGAGAAUGAACAUUUCGGUUCUAAAGCCUGUUAAAUCAGCCGGUAGUGUGAUGGUAGUAGUUGAUAGAGCAGAAAGUGUGUAUGAAGGGGAUGCAGUUAGAAAUGAUAACACCGGGCAUCAUUCCUUUCCCGGCAUGGUUUAAGAUUUAUAGUCUAUUGUGUAAGAUUUCUAUUUUUUCUAUCGUCAAAAAUGGUGUAGCGAGCUAGCGUGUCGCGUCGGUAAACUAUAAUUACAAAGUUAAGGAAAACAACCCUCAAUCAUAAGCAAAUGCAAUGGAACGAACGAAGAGAGCACAGGAAACCGGAAGAAAACGCGCAACUACAAACACAUAUAGAGAGAACGAGAAAAAGCGAUAAACAGUAGCAACAAUGAAAACAACACACACACACAACAUAACAUUAUCAUAGAAGGCGUACAGCAAACCAGUGUAAACCGAACCCGCAAAAAAACAUACCGAAACACAUAGGUUACCGGUUUUUGGAGAGGAAAAAAAUCAUACAAAAACCAGAAAAACGAAACAAGAGAAGGAAAAAGCAAUAGAAGAAUGUAAACCACAAAGAAAACCCCACGAAACACGUAACGAAAAAGGUAAAGCAGCUAAAACUAGUAAAACCAAUACCAAAAGAAAACAACACAUACACAAUCGAUACUAUACUAUCCUGCUCACAGUACAAUUAUUUUUCACUUCAUGCAUCUUCAAACAAUCAGUAAUAUAUCACAAUCCCAAAGCAAACGACAACAAAAACAACAAAAACCCCAAACGAAACAGAUGAAAGGUAAAAGAGUGGCAAAAAGAAAGGGAAGCCUAUGCAAACAAGAAAAAAAGAACAUGAUAAAUAAAUGGUAAACCGGAUUAUGAAACAUGCAAUAACACAAUAUGAUAAUUAAAUAGCAGUCUAACAGAAACUUACAUGUAUAGCAGCAAAGAGAGAAAAGAAAAGAGGAAACCCAUAACACAGCACAACAAUAAGCAAAGCAAGGUAGGUAUUCGAAGUUUACCUGCAUUUAACGCACCGGAUUGCGUUAAUAAGAAAGAAAACAGAAAAUAAAUCGAAUCGAAACAAUAGAUGGCGCUCGAUAGAAACCACACACACAGUCGCAACUGUCACUAAAGAAAAAGGGAAAAUAAUCUACCUGUUUCAGUGUAUUAAAAGGGAGCACAAAGAACAAAACAAAAGAGCAGCACAAAACAGUUAAAGCGGAACAAUUUAUGUGUAAUAUUUUGUUUUCAUUUGUACAAUUAUUUCAAGUGAACUUAUAUAGAUGGGUUAUUAGGAUGGUAAACUGUGUUGCUAGGGCUUUAACUGAGAGAGAGAGAGAGAGAGAGAAGAGCGAGAGAGAAAAACGAAAGUAGGCGAAGUUAACGUAAUAGUAGAACAAACAGAAUCGCCAAGCAAGCACAAAAACAACUCAACACAAAAGAAAACAAUAUAAGGAGAAAACAAAAAAGGAAGAACGAAAACGGCGUGCGACAGCAAGUAACGAAACUGGAAAAAUUUUAUAAAACAAAUAAUUAAAGCCAGACAAAACAGAAAACAGAGCGAAAAAGGAGUCAAUACAGAAAAAAAUAGAAAGCAAAACAAAAACCAUAGAACACGAAGUAGAAAACAAAACACGAGAACCUAACAAACAAGCUGGAAGAAGAUGAUAGACGACAAAAAAAAGAAUAUCGUUAUGGUAGAAGUGGAAAACCCAAGGGAGGGGAGGGGGGGGGAGCAAUAGUAAAACAAAACAAAAAACUAAGAAAAGGAAACCCCAAUACUAACAAAAACGCAACCACUCUCACACAUACACGCAUGCAAACGUAAAUGAGUAUUGUUUAAUGUUUUUUAUACAAAACGUAUGGUGAUUUUAUCUAGUUCGGAGACGUAUGUUGGUUUAGGAUGGGUUUUUGCUCCGCCCGAGCCCUUCUCACGGUGUAUGUAUGGAUCUGUAUGUGUGCGUGUGUGGGUGUUUUAAAUGAUUUCACUAUUUUUUACCGUUUUUUCCACUGAGGGUUGUUGUAUGGUGAUGGAGAAUGGAGAUGAAGAUUGCGUGCGAGUUGGAAAAGGAUAGUAUCCUCUUGUGAUACGUUCACCAAAACACUACUUCUUUCCUACAAUGUUUUUCUUUUUUCUACAAUGGACCACAAAUUGUGUUACGGGCUGGAGGGGGAGAAAAAAGAAGGAAGAACGAAAAUGAGGCCCAUGUUUUCUAUUCCAAGGGUACCCCUCAAAUUCGUUAGGAUUCGCGGGAAGCUAGUGAAGCGUUCGAAUGCAAUAAGAAGAAACAAAGCGAUAGGCCAUGGUGGGUGAUGAAGUGGUGGUAGUGUUUUGUAAAAAUAUAUUUAAAAAAAAUGGAAAAAACAAACAAAAGAUAAACACUAUCUUUUGCAUUAGCGUAAAUCAGCAACAUGCUCCCCACAAAAUUAAUGCAAAAAAAGCAGUAAAACAAGGAGAAGAAGGCAGGAAGGUACCGGUGGACAGUAUUUUCAACUUUCCACUGAAGAAGUAAUAAGCAAAAGAGCUAAUAUUUAAUGCAACAACAAAACAAAGCAAAACAAAACAAAAAAAAAAAACAAACAAACAAGAGCAACUACUAUAACAGCACCAAGAGUAAAAACCGUAGGUACUUAACUAGAACUAAUUGCAUACAGUUGGCAGUGUUUGAUAAAUGGAAUGGGUAAAACACCCGCAGCUAAGUUUAAAUUUUUAGGGUAAAUGUGUACCUUUUUGCGUUAUUUUGUUGUUUAGUUUAUUUAUUUGUUUCAGCAUUUUCUGAUGAAUCUGCCUCACCCGUUGCACACGUUGUACGAUGAACUUGCGAUGUGUUUGCUGCCGUCAUGUAAAUCGCAUGUAUGCAGUACUUGUUAAGCAAAUAACAUUUAUGAACAACAAAACCCCGAAAGAUUACAUAAAAUAGUAGUAGUAGUGAACGUAAUCGUAAGGUACUAGCCAGAUUAUACUGAAGCAGCGUCGCAAUAGAGUUCUUCUUCUUGUUCUCACAAACGCUGCAAAUGAGAGGAAGACAGGAGACAUGCAGUAUAUGCAGUAAAAAGUGUAUGAAUCAUAGUAACGAUUGCGUUACCAGUUCGGGAAAGUAGGCUGCGUACCUUCAUUGCAGAGUCCUUUUUCUUCUCCUGUUGCCUGGGUAUUUGUGCGCCUACUAAUGACGGUGGUGUUAGUGCAAUACGUUCCCCAUAAUUACGCACACAGCGCUCUUCUGUCGCUCUUUACGCCGAAAAUAAAAACCUUUUUCUCACUCAAGCAGCAAGCAAUGUGAGUAAUUAUAAUAUUUUCAUUCAAAAACAACGAAAAAAAUCAAGAAGAAACCCUUCAAGACAAAAAACUGAGCCUCCAUUCGCACAACUGUAUCCCUCUUGUCCCGAUUUCAUGUGCUCCCGAUCCCGAUGGAGAUGUGCGCCAUCCAUCUUGUUUGCCUUCCCGCCUCCAUCUCGAUAAAGGCGUGGAAUAAUCGCGAAAAUUAUGCAACGACUGUUUCACUUGAUGCUGUUUCUUGUUAUCACAACACACUCCUUGUUUUUUUCCGUCGGCCCACUAUAUGUAGCCAUUUCUUUCCGGCCAUCUUCACUGAAUCUGUUUGUAAUUUAAACAUUAGUGGUAGCAAGGGCGUGCAGGUGAACGUGAACAACAAAGCAAACAUUUAAAUAAAUAAAACCUAAAUCAAGCAAAGCGUGGUAACUGUGUAGCGAAGGGCCACCGCCAUUAUGCAAAACAGAGGAAAGAAAGCAAAAUAGAAAUGAUAAACCAAACAAGAAGAAAAACGGAAUGUAAAACGAACAUGUUAAAAAAACAGUGACGAACACAACAAGCAAACGGCACUCUGCGCGUAGUGAAUGGUGAGCAUGGUGAAGCUAGCGUUUAUCAUAGAAAUUCUUCAAAAACAACUUGAAAAUACUAAACUAUUUUAAAGGAAACAUUCGGAUCGAAGAUGGACGACAAAUUUGAACUACCAAAUUCGGCUCCAUUUAAUACGCACGCACACUCACUGCAUGAAGACAGGAGCGACACGGACAGAAACACACACACACACGCAUACAUAAUAGGUCCCUUUAGCAUUAUUAAUAAAAUAAAACAAAAAAAAGGUAGCUUAUACAAAAUGAAGCCAGUUUGCGAGAGCGUGUGCGUGGAGCGGAGAGUAAGUGUAAGUGUAACACGGUAGCAAAAACGAACAAUUUUUAGAGCAAAACAAAAGAGAGCAAACAGUAACAGUAAGUGAACGAUAAGUGAGAAGAAAUUUAAAACAAAUCGUAAGUUAAUCUAGUUAAAACUGGAACCAAUCAGCAUAGUGCAACGGUAACGAAACGAAGAAGCAAGAAGAAAAUUACUUAUAUAUAAACAGUAAAACCUAAUGGCAAAACAGAAAGCGCAAACAAAGCAGCUGGAGGAAAUAGAACUAAGGCGUGCGUGCCAUAUCGCUAGGGGCACAAGGACAAGAGAGGGGAGGGGGGGCAGUUGCGAUGGGUAAAGUUAAGCGUAGUGAAGUGGAGAUCUUGUGCACGAACCAAAACACUCACACUUAGUAAAGAUUAAACAAAACAAAAAACUCGUAAACGCGCCAUCCCGGUAUUCCAUGUUGUCCGUACUGCACAAAUCCCCGUGCAUGCAAUUCUGUCAUUCAGCAAUCUCUCUCGUCCGGUUUGAUCUUCCGGUUGAGUUCAAAGUACGGUGAGAAACGUCAUCAAGAAGUAAGGUUACUUACUUCUACAAAUACUAGCAAUGCAACAACAACAACAAAAGAAAACAAAAAAACAUUAUAACAAACCCCCAAUACUAAAGAGAAUCUUACGAAAAUGAUCCUGCAAACCAAAAAACAAAAAUAAUCACACAUAGCGGGAUAACACAAAGAAGGAAAAAAAACAAAAAAAGCAAAUCGUUAUAAAUAAAAGAAAAGAAAGUACCACACAACUAAAAAAACACACACACACUAUCUUUCACACUCACGACAAAUGUUCAACACGGCAAAACAAAAACCACCACUCGUACCCAUACUAUCACACCUUUACAAAACAUAUAACUCCAUUUAAAUGAUAAAGAAAGAAUCAAACGAUAACAAACAUUUGAAGAAAGCUGCAUAUAAUUUAUCGCUAGCAAAAGAGGAAAACAAAACACAAAACGGUUUGCGUGGCGAAAAGGAUCAUUAAUACGAUCAGGAAACGCAAACGGCGCAAAUGGUGGUUGGAAAAAAAGAAGGAAGGAAAAGAAAACACACACACAAAAAAACACGAAAGCGAGGAGUAAUUAACAGAUAAGAGCAGAGCAGAACAAUUCCGAAACAAAAGAACAGGUGGCUAGGAAACGGGGAAAAGGUGAAAUUAAGUGAAAAAAAUAAAAAAAAUAUUCGAAAAAA